UCCUCCUGUAGCUUGUUGAUUAGUGAGGGCGGUGGAUAGUGGACUGUCUGCUGUCUUCUCUGUCCACUGUGUUUGUGCACGAAUUUGUCUGUCUUGUCUCCACAGGAGAGGAUGUCGACCUGUUUACUCCCGACCCUUUUAAUUAUUCACCUCGCUGUGGGUAAGCUGCAAAUAAGAGUUCAUUCAUAAAUUCAUCCUCGGUCCUAAAAGAUAAAUGUUACAUUUAAAAAGACCUGAAACUAGUGAUUGAGACUUAAAGAACAAGUGAGCUGUAGAAGCUUAUUUUGCCAUAUACUUCCAUUCAUUUUACUUCCUCGUGCCAUCAUGUUUUCUGUUUCUCAGUUCAUUUUUAUUUACAGUCUACAGAAAGGACACAUGUGAAGAUGAGGCUUAGUGCAACAGCCAAAAAGAACCUUUAACUACUGUUAUUGGAACUAAGUGGGCUUUGCUGUAACACUGUACAGCAGUGGUCAGCAAUUGUUGGUCCAUGGGCCAAAACUGGACUGCCAGCAUCAGUAUCUGGCCCGGUAGAUGAUUUAAACAAUCUGAUAUUAAAUUAUUUGCUUAUUUCACAUUUCAUAUCAAAUAGAAUUGACAGUUAACCUAAACUAAAGGUUAGUUUAGUGUCAAAAUAAUCGCAAUUAGAUAUAUAUUCAAAAUCGUUCAGCCCUGGUAACAUCUGGAAGUAGUUUCCUCAAGGCUUAUACAAAUUGUAGGUGAUAACAAAAAACUGUCAAAACGUGCUUCUGGUGUGCUCCUAAAAAGAUUGGACAGAAAACAUCUAAAUAGUUUAUUAAUCAUCAAUAUAUAAACUAACUACUUGUCUUUAACAAAUCCUGUGCAUGUGAGGUAUGUGUAUUGUACUGCAGAUAAUAAUAACAACAAUAAUAAAUAAUAAGUAUGCUCUUCUCACAGGUGCGACCCUCCAAGAUGAAAGAGAAGUCAAGAGGAUUUGUGCCGGCAAGGAAUUUCAAAUGCCGGUCGGCUCAACAUACAGUACUGUGACUUUCACCCCACACAAUGAUGGACCAAAGCAAGUUCUGCUGGAGGAAACCGAUGUAAAAGACCAUCGAUUUACAUGGACCAGAGAUAAGACGUUAAUCCUGAAAGAAGUGACUCACAGUGAUCAAGGACUUUAUGCCAUUAAAUUGUUCACUGGAUUCACCUAUGAGGUUGUACGUCUGAUUGUUACAGAAUGUACAAAGUCCUACCACAGAAAAUAUGGAGAGAACUUUGAGAAGACCAUCCCUGAAAGUGGAGUCCUCCUCGAUUUCUCUCCCCGUGGAGUGCCACCUGAAGCUGUGCCCAUUGUCCUCUGGAACCGGACAUACCCUAAAACCCGUGAUAUUGAACGGGGUCGGCUGCAGCGAGAUGGGACGGUCUGGAUAAUCGAGAGAGUGACACAAGAUGACCAAGGCAACUACACAGUGAGAGACAAGGAUGGGAAUGUGAUGUCCCGCAGCAUCCUUUCUGUUCGUGGACACUCCUUUAAAGUCACCCGCUUCACCAAAGAGUCUCUAAACCUUCCCCUCUUUCUUCCCAUCAAUCAUGUCCAUCUCACUUUUACCCCUACCCGACACCCUAAUCAAUCCACACUGGGACAUUUUGACCCCAAGCCUCCCAGUGGUACCGUACAUCUGAUCAAUGGGGGCCAAAUAAUGGAGGAGAACAUGCAGAUCUCUCUGGGCAGGAAUGGUACCACAAAUGAGAUCAUCAUAGCAAAGCUGACGUCAGUGCAUGAUGGGAUUUAUGAAAUUAGAGACAUAAAAGGAAACCUGGUGUCCUCUACCAUAUUACAGGUGACUGGUUCAAAAAGGGUGGACAAAUGGCGAGCAAUCUUCAAGUCUAUCAGUGUCCCCUCCGGGAUGUUUGUGUCACUGACUGGUUUAUUCCUGUUCCUGAAGCACUACCCACGCUGCAGUCUGUCACAGGUCAUUGCUGGCAUCAGAGCAAACCCCACACCCCCAGCCAACCCUCUGAGAGUAAAUAUCCAGCAGGACUACAGUCAGCCAGUCUCUGGACCCUCAGGCUUCUACAGUCACACUCAGCAGCCUGGAACACCAAGAAAAUGGACCCCAAGAGCGAGUCCUACUCAUACCGGAUACAUUCCAGUUUCUGUGGGGACUCCUAAAACAAAGAACCAGACAGACAGAUUGGCAGCUGGCAACUCCCCUCAUCGUAAUUCAACUACAGAGGACAUAGCUAAUGAGGAAGACAGAAGGAUUUCCUUUCCAGUGCCUGGAGCCUCAGAUUGCCUCCACUCAUCUGAGGACUGUGUUCAAUUCCAGAUCAAAAAAGACGCACAUAAAGAAAGGUCGAACAAAUCUCAAGAAUAUUUUUCCAUUCUGCCACUGGACACAAACACAUCUGACACCUGCAGUGUUUACAUUUCUGAGAAACUGGACUUAUAAAACAGAGGAGUGGAGCAGUGAGGUGAGGGAAGAAGAAAUGUGUGAAAGAAAAUACCUCACGUGUGCCUUAUGCAUCUUAGCUUAGUCCAAAUUGUUUGGUAUCAAUACUGCAUGGAACUUCUUUCAUAUAGCGGUACUUGAGCAUGUGUAAGGCAUAAUCUUCCCUGCCUUAUUUCACCCAUUUCAUGACGCAUUUUUACGGAGCUACUGGAAUCACCUGCUGUUACCUACCUCCAGAUCCUCAGGACCAAUAUUACCCACACUGUAUUUACUGAGUGUGUGAACAUGUGCAGUGUAUUUGUGUAUAACAUGAUCUUCAGGCAUUCCUCUUCAGAAGAACGUGGGGAAAAAGGGGAUUUUAAAAAUAUAUAUUGUACAGUAAUGUAUAUUUAUUUUUCAUUUUCAUGUUAAUAUAUGUACUGUAGUUGAGUAACUUAUACAAUAAUAUAGUGUAUUAACCCUCAAGACAAUUUUAGUACUGUAGUACAGAUGAGUUUGACUGCUGCUUGUGAUACUUUUUCAGUGUGACAAUUCAGAUUCUGAUAGCGUUAUUUGUCCCAGUUCACCAAACCAUACAGAUUUAAGUUGCAAAUAAAUAAACAAGCAACAGACAGAACAGGAGUUAUUUAUGUCUUGGUAAAUGUUGUGCCAGUGCCCCCGUGUGGCUUGUUUAUGCACAAACAACAAUUUACAAGAUCAUGAUAAUUCCAUAAAUAAAAUGUGAUUUAAACAACAAAAUGCACUUUCUUUAACACAUACUGCAGAUCCAACAUCCUGAUUGUCUGGCUGUAAAUAACAAUUUGGUGUGUAUUUGUAAUUCAUUUUUAGUGUACAUAAUAGAUAGAUGUACUUUAUUGAUCCGAGACUGGUAAAUUAUUAUUUUUCAGCACGUUACAAUACAAUGAUAAUUACAUAAAUAAAAUGUAUGACUCAAACAAUAAAAUGCAGACUUUAACACAUAUUUAGAUGAACUUAUCCAACAACUCACUGUAAAUUAUAUGACAUGUCAAUCUGUAUUUGGUGUGUAUGUGUCAUUCAUUUUUAGGGUACAUGUUGGAGAGUCAUUUGUCAUUUGUGAUAACAGUGCAACAGCCACAGUUGUUUAACUUGAAUCAUAAGGAAACAUAAUGUUCUAUGUUUUUUGACCAAUAAAUAACUAAAUUUAAUAAAUUAUUAUCAGGUUCUGUGCA